AGCGGACAGCAAACAAAGCGGUUAUAUAGCCGAAAGAUAGACAAGGGACGAAGUGGAGCAAUAGCCAACUACGCAAUUUGUGUGUUAACUAAGUAAAUAAUCGUACAACGAUUGCAAUAGAGAACGUGUUACGAAGUAACGGAAUAAUUUCAAAGUCAAACUCAAUUCAAAAAGUAAAAAAGAUGUCUGCAUCCCCAACUGCUCGUCAGGCUGUUAGCCAUGCCAUGCCCAUGAUGGCCAUGGCUAAAACCAAAAAAAUUGUCAUCUCAGAUCCCAUACAAAUGCCAGAAGUUUACUCAUCAACACCUGGAGGCACUUUGUACUCCACAACACCAGGAGGUACUAAAUUGAUCUACGAACGGGCCUUCAUGAAGAAUCUACGUGGAUCACCUUUGAGCCAAACGCCACCAAGCAAUAUUCCCAGCUGCUUGAUGCGUGGAACUCCUCGUACUCCCUUCCGCAAAUGUGUACCUGUGCCAACGGAGCUGGUGAAGAAGACACAGCAAUCUCUGAAAAUCGAGGAUCAAGAACAAUUCCAACUGGAGUUGUAAACAUCGCGCAUCAUCAUCAAAAUCAAGCUUAGAUUCCAAGCAGCAACUGCCAAAAACACCAAAAAAAAAAAAGCCCCCAAGUCCAUUUCAUUUCAUUAUCAACUUAGUUGUUUUUUUCAAGUCUCUAGAUAUUGUUGAAUGAUCUUAUAAUUUUAAUUCAUACUCAUUUUCGAAUCCCUCACCUAAGAACAUUUUAGUGCAUAAGAGCAAUUCUUUCAAGCCAUGAGUCAUAUUGACUAGAAAUUUGUUUUCUAUAAGUCUUAAGAAUAUUUUUUAGCCAUAAUAAAAAAAAAAUAUAUUAUCAAUGACCUUUUGAAAAUAUUAAAUUGAUAGCAAAGUAGAUUUAUCUAUGGGGUAAGGGAACCUUGAUCAAACAUGUGGAACUGUCGACAAACUCUUUAUCACUUUCAUCAGACGCGCGUGGGGGAUUCUAUCCACUUCACCUUGGCGAGCUCACCGAUUGCAAAUUUAUAUUUUGGCAGUUUAUUGAACCAAAAAAAAGAGAGAACAACUGGAAAAAAACCCGCCGGCCGGCAUCCCAUGGCCUAUAAUACACAUUAUUCAAACAAAUAAAAUAUAUAUUUAGUAGCCAUGUGUGUGUAUACAUAGUUUUAUAGGAAUAUAUGUACAUAUACAUAGUGUUUAAGACGACAAAUAAACAUUGCUGGUUGAAGAAAACUGCGCAGUUAUUUGGCGGCGCGCCCUGUCAGCAUCUUGCGCAUUUCUAGCCGGCAUCGUCCAAACA